GGUUGCUUCAUCUCCCACUGCAAGUUGAUUCCUCUUUUUCUCACAUUCACUGCUCUCGAUUUUCGCAUUUUCCAAACAGAUUAGUACUUCGAAAUUCUUGCCCUAUAAUUCCUUCUAUAUUUUCUCUGAGAAAGAACUUUUUUUUUUUUCAGUUUAGAGAAGUUUCAAGAAACUGUUAACGAUGACAAAUUGUGAGCUUUGCAAUGGAUUUGCCAGGAUUUACUGCGAAUCGGACCAGGCGAAUUUGUGUUGGGAUUGUGAUGCGAAGGUACACUCUGCGAAUUUUCUGGUAGCGAGGCACUCGAGGUCGUUGUUGUGCCACGUAUGCCAAUCGCCGACGGCUUGGUCGGCCGCCGGAGCGAAGGUUGGCCGGACAAUCUCUGUGUGUGAGCGGUGCGUGAACGUUGAAAGAAAUGGUGAAGAAGGUGAAGAUGCGGAGGAGAUUGAUUUGGAGGAUAUUCAGGUUGUUCCGUGGUCAUCAACUCCUACCCCGCCGCCGGCUAGUUCAUCCAGCAGCGACGAGUCGUUGAAUAGCCAUAAAUAUUCUUCUUUGAAGCGAAGGCGUGAAGAUAAUGAUGAUAGUGGAACUUCAACAUCUCAUCGGGAAGUUGGUGAACUGCCGCCGUCGGAGAAGCGUGACGGCGACGAAGCGGCGGCGGCGUCCUCAACGAGGAUGCGAAAGCCUUUGAAGAUCCAGAGAACUGAAGGGAGCUUGACGGGUCGGGUUGAAACUACUGGAUGUUCGGGGAUGAUGGAAUUUAUCGGGAGAAUUAAUCGGCGUGAGAAGAAAUCCAGUGCAGUAAUCGCCGAGAUCGAUAGACUCAACGAGAAGCGUGACGGCGACGAAGCGGCGGCGGCGUCCUCAACGAGGAUGCGAAAGCCUUUGAAGAUCCAGAGAACUGAAGGGAGCUUGACGGGUCGGGUUGAAACUACUGGAUGUUCGGGGAUGAUGGAAUUUAUCGGGAGAAUUAAUCGGCGUGAGAAGAAAUCCAGUGCAGUAAUCGCCGAGAUCGAUAGACUCAACGAGAAGCGUGACGGCGACGAAGCGGCGGCGGCGUCCUCAACGAGGAUGCGAAAGCCUUUGAAGAUCCAGAGAACUGAAGGGAGCUUGACGGGUCGGGUUGAAACUACUGGAUGUUCGGGGAUGAUGGAAUUUAUCGGGAGAAUUAAUCGGCGUGAGAAGAAAUCCAGUGCAGUAAUCGCCGAGAUCGAUAGACUCAACGAGAAUACUGUAGGCGUUGAUCUGGAAUGAUCAGGGGCUUCGUAGCCGCCCGAUUAACCACUGAUUUGACGCUUCUGUUGGGCUAACACCACCACGUCAUUUCUAUUUUUUUUCUUGACUUGUAAUUACAGAAAGUCAUUUCUACUUUUACUUAUCCAAAUCUUGUAGUCGGUGAAUUUCGUAAUAUGAUUAGGAUAAGAUUUGAUUUAUUCUACUCAAUCUUUAGACGGUUUGACAAAUGUACUUUUUACUUUGUGUAGUUUAAUUUGGAUAAUGUUAAGGAAUACCUGGCACAGUUAGCUGCCUUCCUUUUC